AUGUCUCGCCGAGCCCGCAAGGAGGUGAAUUACGCUGAGGCAGCCGAUAGUGCGGCCAUGGAUGAAGAGGGGAUUGACGUGGAGGAUGACAGUGACGGCGGAUUCGAUAGCGGUAACGAUGACGGUGAUGAGUUUAAGCUGGAGGAUGAGUCUGAGGACGAAGCAUUCAGCAUGCGCGACCUCGAUCCCGACGAGAUGGUAAAGAAGAAGAAAAGGCGUAGCAGAUCAUCGAGCGGCAGCAAGACAUCCUCAGCGCCCACAAAGAAGGCGACCACGCCUGCCGCUACACGCAAGCGAGCCGCACCAUCCAAGGCCAAGAAAGCCAGCGACGAAAAUGGGGAUGGAGAAGGAGAAGAUGAAGCGGAGGGAGCGCCCAAGCGCAGGCGCACGACGACACCGAAGAAGCCGGCGGCUGCCAAGCCCAAGGCCGCCCCCAAGAAGCCCGCUGCAGCUGCUAAAUCGAAGAAGAAGAAGGAUGAAGAGGGCCAAGGCGAGGAUGAGGACACCACAACGACCACCGCAUCGUCCACAGCAACUGCAGUCGCGGAAGAUGUAGGCGCUGAGGAAAAGGCGGCCGCCAAUGGACACGAGAAUGAGGGAGGCGAGGAGGAGGUGAAGAUUGAGGUGGCGGCUGCGGAAGAUGAAGCUAAGAAGAUCCCGUCUGCGAGCGGGGGAGGCGACGAAGAUGACGACGACGACUUCAAGGCCGACAAGACCAAGAAGAGGAAGCCCGCUGCCGCCACGGCCAAGGCACCGGCCGCCGCAAAGGCGAAGGCCGCCACUGCUAAGGCACCGGCCGCCGCCAAGGCGAAGGCGCCGGCCAAGCCAGCAGCCAAGACCAAGGCUGCGGUUGCACCCAAGAAGCCCGCUGCCGCUCCCGCCGCAAAGAAGCCGCGCGCGACGCCGGCCAAAAAGAAGAAGGCAGAUGAAGACGAAGAGGAGGACUACAAGGAGGAGAAGGAAGAGGAGGAGGAAGCUCCCGAGGCGGAGGAGGAAGAAGAAGCGGAGAAGGAGGAUGACGAUGGUGACCACGCGGAGGACGAGGAGCCAAAGCCCAAAGCGAAGCCGAAGGGCAAGACUGCUCCCGCCAAACCCGCGGCCAAGCCCAAGGCGGCACCGGCCGCCACCAAGGCGAAGGCGCCGGCCAAGCCAGCAGCUAAGGCAGCUGCCGCUGCGCCCAAGCCAGCAGCUUCCCCACUGGGCGGCGUGAAGCUGGCGGGAACGACGCCCUUGCGCAGAGUGGGCCUGAGCAAACGAGCGGCGAUCUCCUCCCUGCACAACAAGUAA